AUGCCUGCCAAAAUCCCCUCCCACUACCCCCUAGACCACGAGGUCAACGAUACCGAAUCUGGCUAUGCGAGCGCUUCCUCUAGUGAAGCCAGCCUGCCAGAGGUCGUCUUCACCAAGGCCCACCUCCAGUUUCUGAAUCGCCAGUUGCAGUUUCUUGAGCCUCAAGAUGUCUUGAGAUGGUGCAUUACCACUCUUCCCAACCUUUAUCAGACCACCGCCUUUGGUCUUACUGGCCUUGCCAUUACCGACAUGCUCUCGAAGCUCAAUGUACCCCGUCCACAAGUAGUCGACCUCAUCUUCUUGGAUACUCUGCAUCACUUCAAAGAGACUCUUUCUCUUGUGGACCGGGUCCGCCAACGCUAUCCCAAUCUUAACAUCCAUGUCUAUAAGCCAUUGGGUGCAGAGACUGAAGAAGAAUUCGCCAACAAAUAUGGUGAACGUCUCUGGGAAACCAACGACGAAAGAUACGACUGGCUCGCCAAGGUUGAGCCUGCUCAGCGUGCAUACCGUGAUCUCAAGGUCGAUGCAGUCUUGACCGGUCGCCGACGAAGCCAAGGAGGCAAGCGUGGUGACUUGGAUGUCCUCGAGAUUGACGAAGCCGGUCUUAUCAAAGUCAACCCUCUCGCCAACUGGACCUUUGAACAGGUCCGCCAAUAUGUCAAGGACAAUGGUGUCCCAUAUAACGAACUUCUCGACCGAGGUUACAAGAGCAUCGGUGACUAUCACUCCACCAAGCCCGUCAAGGAAAAUGAAGACGAACGUUCCGGUCGCUGGCAAGGCCAAGCCAAGACCGAGUGUGGUAUUCACAACCCUCGAUCCAAGUAUGCGCAAUACUUGCUAGAAAUGGAGCGCAAGCGACAAGAAGAGGCCCUCACCCAAGCAUUGGAGAACGUCCAAGUCACAACAGGCGAUGCUUAA